GAUUAUCCUAUGUGAAUGACAGUCUACUAAAUCGCACUCCAUGCUGGAGAAAAAUGGCGACCGAGGUUGAAAAAGCACAAGCAGCAGCUUCGGGAGGUGAUACUAUUUUCGGGAAAAUAAUACGUAAAGAAAUACCGUGUAAUUUCAUUUACGAAGACGAUCAGUGCGUUGCGUUUCAAGACAUUAAUGGUCAAGCACCGGUGCAUUUUCUGGUGAUUCCACGAAAACCAAUUCCGCAACUUUCGAAAGCUGAGGAUGGGGACGAAGCUUUACUGGGUCAUUUAAUGAUUGUUGCUCGUAAACUGGCGAAGCAACAGGGUCUCGACGACGGGUUUCGUUUAGUCAUUAAUGACGGCAAAAACGGUGCACAGUCGGUCUACCAUUUGCAUCUGCAUGUCCUCGGUGGUCGUCAAAUGAUGUGGCCUCCAGGUUAAGAAAUUUUAUUUUAUUCGAUACAACGUUACAUGCAGUUAUAACUUGCGCUUAUAAAAAUACAACUUUUGUCAAAAAUAAAGAUUUGA